AUGGACCCUGGGGAAUGCACCUGCAGGUCUGGAGGAAUCUGCAUCUGCGGAGACAACUGCAAAUGCACAACCUGCAGCUGUAAAACAUGUCAAAAAAGCUGCUGUCCUUGCUGCCCACCGGGCUGCACCAAGUGUGCCCAGGGCUGCAUCUGCAAAGGGGCCUCGGACAAGUGCAGCUGCUGCCCCUGA